AUGCCCACGGCCUUUCGCCUCGAUAUGACACUCCCAGCGUGCCUGACUCGUUGGUCCUCUACUCAACCGAGUAAAAGAUUCACUAAGAUCACACUGUUCCGGAUGAAACGUUCUGAGGUGCCUCCGAAGCGCAGACUCAGAUGCCAAACCCAGACCUUCAGUUGUACAAUUCUCAACUGUACAAUGGAAUGGUCUCUCGUGACGAUCCACAUGACUUUCACGCGCUUGAGCGGUUUUAAAACCUUCGUGAAAGAAGAAACAUAG